AUGACGACGAAUCCGCGGAUCCGGGUCCGGGACGCCACCCCGGCCGAUGCCCCGAUUAUCACCGAGAUCCACUACAAGGCUUUUGCCCACGGCAUCAUGGACCAGCUCAUGUAUCCCAACGGCGUAACUGAAGACAACCGUGCAAAGUUCGCCGCCCGGCUGUUCCCUCCACCACGCAGCGAAGACGAGAAGGCGAAGAAGGGCGAGAACAUGGUUUGGGUGGCUGAGUAUGUCCCUGACGACGGGCCGGCCGAGAUUGUUGCCUUCUCAAGAUGGACACUCUACCGCCAGCCGAGACCAGAGGAAGUGUGGAAGGUUGAUGCCGCGUACAAACCAACCCUCGAAAUGUUUGGACAGGGUGCAAACAUCGAGGUUAUUGAUACUUUUGUUGGCGAGAUGCGCCGAAUGUCAGAGAGAGCUGCCAAAGGUGAAGCAAUGUUGUUCCUUGGCAUUCUGGCCUGUCUUCCUGAGCGCCAGCGUCUAGGGGCUGGUUCGGCUCUGCUGCGCCGUGGUGUUGAGUUAGCCGAUAGCUUGGGUCUCCCUAUGAGGCUGGAGGCGUCUCCUGAGGGCUAUGGGCUGUACAAGAAGUUCGGCUUCGAAGCAUAUGACGUGCUAGAUACGAAGGUCACUGAAACAUGGGGACCGGUGCAACCGGAGGGAAGCAACUGGGGGAAUAACAAUGCAGCUGAGCUUUUCGGUCAGGCCCCUAAGGGUGUUUUGCGGACCGUUCUUAUGAAGCGACCUGUGAAAGUCUCCAACUAG